UCAGUUCAAUCGCGGCAUUAACUGAAUUAUGUCAUCGGGUAUAAACUCACUGGUACAGGUAACCGAGGCCGAGCUCCAUUGUUUUGUUUAUAGUUUGAAUCAUCGCGGUGUUCCGUCCUAAGAGUCGAAAAGUGUGCUGUGCAACCCUAUCAGGCUUUUUUGUUUUCAACGCAUGGCCAACCCGUCCUUUAAGAAGAUUUUGAAAAACGGUGAAAGCUCACAGGACAAGAGGUGUUAGGCACCUCAAAAAUUGCGUGCUUAGGGAACCAUGCGGUCUCUCGAAAUGACGGCGCCCUGGCAUGAAGAAGAAGAGGACGUCGAAGUAGAAGAGAUGGAGCUCAGAAAACACAAUAACGACGGGAGGGAUGAUCUCACCGAGUCCAGUAGUGAUGAAGCUAUAGGCAGGAAGCGACGGAAACACGGAGGUAGCGCGUCAAGUGGUAGUGCGUCGAGUGGGACGACAAUCAGGCGGCGUAAAACGUGCAUCAGUGCGAGAGAGAGAAACUUAAGAAGACUGGAAAGCAACGAGAGAGAAAGAAUGAGAAUGCACUCGCUCAACGAUGCAUUUGAGCAACUUAGAGAAGUAAUCCCACACAUAAAGAUGGAGAGGAAGCUAUCGAAGAUAGAGACACUAACUUUAGCUAAGAACUACAUAAUGGCGUUAACAAAUGUCAUAUGCGAGAUGAGGGGGGAGGAGAAACACUACACAUUCGUACAAGACGUAGAGAGCGACAGCAACGCCGAAAUAGACACACACACAACAGAAGACACAACGACGAGGGAGCAGAACAACAACAGCAUGUACCAGCAGAACCUGGAGUCCCAUCCGGAGAACAUGAUGGUGAAUUCCCGCUAGAUCGACGGCUAGGCGUCGACUCUAGACCAGUCCACAGGGUGAACAUAAAGUUUUAGAUCUUCCAGAGUGAGAGCGAGCGAGCGAGAGAGAGAGAGAGCGACGAAACGAGAACGAAGCGCGCGCUAGUUCACAAAAGGAAUGAUCCUCGGAGUGAGGUUAUGUCUGAAGAUAAGGACACCCUGCAACAUUCCGAUUUCAGUCAAAAAGACCUUUUUCUAGUAGAUAUAUUUACUUAAUUUUAUUAAGGUGUAGAUGUAUAGAGAAUUUAUAUAAAUAUUAUAUAUUUAUAAACGGGAAAAAUCACUCAGAACUUCCAACAGGGUAAAAAUGAAUUAGUUAAUUUUCCCGUACGAUAUUGGUUGUAACAACGCUGUCAAUUUUAGGAAAUUUAUUAUUUCUGACGAUCCAGUAACAUCUGAGUGGUUUUUUUGGAGACUUAAUGUGCAUAUCUUAAUGGUAAGGCCUAUUUUGCAUCGGAAUUAGAGAUGAGAAUUCUUACUGUAGCCUAGGGAAUGAUUUUCCAGCUUCAACUGAGAAGCAGGUGAAGCUGAAAAGCCGUCAAUUAAAUUAUCGAACCGUGCCCAUCUCUAGUCUGGACUUUUUCGUUAAAAAGCGAUUGUGAUUUUUUGCGCUUCCUGUUUUUGUGAAUAUGAUUCAUGUUCGGUAGUGCACCUGUACAUAAGUAGAUUUUUUGCGAUGUAAGUACUACAGUAUAAGAGUAUAAAACAUAUUUUUAAAUCUAUAUCUCUAUAAUAUAUAACUAUAUUUUA